AUGCACAAUAUUAGCUUGGGAUCUACUCUAAAUCCUGAGGGCCCAAACAGAUCAUGGCUCUCACCCUCUGGCGACUUUGCCUUUGGUUUCCAGCCCCUGGAGACCAACUCCUCUCUCUAUCUACUUGCCAUCUGGUUCGAUCAGAUUGAUGAGAAGUUUACUGUUUGGUAUGCCAAUUGUACCACAGCAGUGUCACCUGGUUCAAGCCUGCAAUUUACCCUCAAUGGUACGCUUUGUCUCCGUGACUCCACUGGAUCUGAGAUCUGGGGCUCCCAGAUUGCUGGCGGUGCUUAUGCUUCCAUGAACGACAAUGGAAACUUUGUGGUUUAUGGAGCAGACGGCUCCCCCACAUGGCAAAGUUUUACUACACCAACAGACACCAUCCUGCCAUCCCAAGAGCUCGUUAGUGGGACUAUCCUCCACGCUAGGCUUAUGGACACCGACUGCUCAAAUGGUUGGUUCAUCCUCAGUCUUGAAACAAAUGGCAACCUGACUUUCUACACAGUGGCUGUUCCUACGGGAUUCCAGUAUGAUAGUUAUUGGUCUACUAACACAAGUGGAAAUGGUGGGAAGCUGGUCUAUGAUACGAAUGGCACAAUCUACUAUGCCUUGGAGAACAUGCAGCACCCUACCAUUGACAUAUUGCCAGCAGAGAUGGACUCAACAGAUCAGUACUACCAUUGGGCAAAACUUGACCCAGAUGUGUUUGAUAAUAGUGGCCACUGCUGGAAGAAGAAGCUACCUUUGUCUAACGGGAAUGAAGGGAGCGAAGUUCAAAGGACAGUUUAUCUCAAGGUGCCGAAGGAUAAUCAUUCACAGACUCUACUGAAUAUUGAGGUCAGCACUAAAUGGAAAACCAAUAGGAAGGAUUGGAUACUUGGAGGAUCGAUCAUUAUAGGUAGUUCUGUCUUUCUGAACUUUCUCUUCAUCUCAGCCCAUUUUCUGGGAGCUCGCUUUAGGGCCACCAGGGAAAAGAACCAUUUACGAGCAUGGACCAGGAUGAUGACAAGAGAUUUCACUUACAGAGAGCUUGAGGAGGCAACUAAUGGGUUCAACGAGGAAGUGGGCAGGGGAACUUCUGGUAUAGUCUAUAAAGGGUACCUACAUGGUGAGUUUGACACCAGCAUCGCAGUCAAGAAGAUCAUCCAUAGGAUCCCACAAGAGACAGAAAAGGAGUUCACAAUGGAGGUUCAAACAAUUGGGCACACACUCCACAAGAACUUAGUCCAGCUAUUGGGAUUCUGCUAUGAAGGAUCUGAAAGCCUGGUGUAUCCGUUCAUGCCCAAUGGCUGUCUUACUAAGUUCCUCUUUAGUGGCAAGAGGCCAUCAUGGGACCUCCGAGUUGAUAUUGCCCAUGGGGUGGCAAGAGGACUGCUCUACUUGCAUGAGGAGUGUGGUAAGCGGAUCAUACACUGUGACAUAAAGCCUGAGAACAUCCUUCUUGAUGACAACUUUAUAGCAAAGAUAUCAGACUUUGGCAUAGCGAAGCUGCUGAAAGCCGAGCAGACAAAAACUAGCACUGGAAUCCGAGGUACCCGAGGAUACUUUGCUCCAGAGUGGUUCAAGAACGUGAGAAUCUCCAGUAAAGUAGAUGUGUACAGCUUUGGUAUAGUCCUUCUGGAGUAUGCUGCAGGCGGAAUGUAG